GAGAGUCGCAGAUACCGGAAGUGCUUUGAAGAGAGCACUCAAGAGCGCAACUUUGCCAUCAUUGAGAGGAAUGGACUCAAACAACAGUGCACUCAAGCCUUCAGACAAGCUCUCCAAGAGAUCAUUGAUCUGAAGGAACAGCUGACCAGAUGUAAGCGCCAGAGGGAUGAGGCGCUCAAAGAGAUCAAUCAAGCGAUGGCCGUACGGAUCAAAGCGGCCAAAGAGAUGACACGAUUGGCCGAAGAGAAUGAGAGGGCGUUGACAGCACUCGAAGGCAUCAGACAAUUGGCCGAAGACUGGGAUGACAGCGAAUCCACGGCCAGUAUAAAAGUGGUCACUGCGGCCGAACCCGAGGUGGCUCAGCUAUAUGGACUAUAUCAGGGGACUCCUUAUUCCAUUGAAUCCGACCUCGAGUUCGUGUUCUUCAGGACCGGCGCUAACCCUAAGCUCGACAUACCUUUCAGUAAAGAGUGGAUCACUUUAUGGACUAAUUUUGCAAAAACUGGGGUUCCGACGAGUGAUAAAAAGUGGCCAAAACUGGUGAACAAAGCGGAAGACUAUAAGAUCUCUCGGGUUAAGGACAUGAAUCCAUACGACUUCAGCAAAACAUUUGUCGAUCCCUUUAAGAGAGAAUGCAAUUAG